AUAAUCGAAAAUCUUUUUUAAACAGUUUAUUCACAAUCGUAAGAAAUAAAAAAAGUAAUUACAAGUUUUCUUCUUUAAGACCAAAAGAACCUGAUUUGAAAACAUAGAACAGCUGUUGGUUUUCGCUUUCGCGGUUUAAAAAUAUUACGUUAAGACGCUAAACUGGUUAACUCAACCAAAAAGGAAGCAGCAAAGGGUUGCCUCCUCUCUCUCCUACUGCUCUAUUUUCUAUCAGAUUAAAGAAUUGCGGCCAGGAUUUUACAAGUGAUAAUGCUGUUGAGGGUAUUUUAUCUGCUACUUGUUCUGCUAAAUUUAGCGGCAGCAAUAUUUUCUGCUGAUAGAUAUAGCAGAAAGGACUUUCCUUCUGACUUUAUUUUUGGUUCUGGUACCUCUGCUUAUCAGGUGGAAGGAGCAGCAGAUGAGGAUGGGAGGACUCCAAGCAUUUGGGACACAUAUGCCCAUGCGGGAAAUAUGGGUGGAGCAACUGGAGAUGUGUCAGUUGACCAGUAUCACAAAUACAAGGAAGAUGUAAAACUAAUGGCUGAAACUGGGUUAGAUGCCUAUAGAUUUUCCAUUUCAUGGUCAAGACUUAUUCCAAAUGGAAGAGGACCUGUUAAUCCAAAAGGUUUACUGUAUUACAAUAACCUCAUCGAUGAACUUGUUAGCCAUGGAAUCCAGCCACACGUUACAUUGUACCAUUAUGAUCAUCCGCAGGCGCUUGAAGAUGAAUAUGGGGGAUGGAUUAGCCGAAAGAUUGUGAAGGACUUCACAGCUUAUGCAGAAGUGUGUUUUAGAGAGUUUGGUGAUAGAGUCAAGCAUUGGACUACAUUGAAUGAGCCUAAUAUUUUUCUAAUUUUUAGUUACGAUCUUGGAAUGUUGCCGCCUAAUAGAUGCUCUCCUCCAUUUGGAUUCAAUUGCUCUCAAGGCAAUUCUACAUCUGAGCCGUACUUAGUUGCUCAUCAUCUCCUUUUGUCACAUGCUUCCGCUGCCAGAUUGUACAAGGAAAAAUAUCAGAGCAAGCAACUUGGAUUAAUUGGGAUUAACGUUUAUGGGUUUGGGAUUGUUCCUCUAACAAACUCAACUGAGGAUCUUCUUGCGACUCAGAGAGCAAAUGAUUUUUAUCUUGGCUUGAUAGCGGAUCCUGUGGUGUUUGGAGACUAUCCUGAAUCAGUAAAGAGAAAUGCAGGAUCAAGAUUACCAGUCUUCACUGAACACGAAUCCAAUCAGGUUAAGGGUUCAUUUGAUUUCCUUGGGCUGAAUUACUAUGUCGAAGUACAGGUCAAAGAUAACUCCGCCAGCCUCAAGUCAGAGCAUAGAGAUUUAAUGGCAGACACGGCAAUAGAAAUGAUAUUUAAUGGUGAUUUUCAAAAGGAUGAGUAUCCUAUAGAUCCAAGGGGUCUGCAAGCAGUGCUGGAGUACUUCAAGCAAUUUUAUGGCAACCCUCCUGUUUACAUUCAUGAAAAUGGGCAGAGGAAUCAGCGCACUUCAUCCUUGGAAGACACUUCGAGGGUGAAAUAUAUGCAAGCAAAUAUUGGAAGUGUGCUUGAUUGUAUCAGGAAUGGAUCGAACACGAGAGGGUAUUUCACAUGGUCGUUCUUAGAUGUUUUUGAGUUGCUUGGUGGCUAUGAAGUAUGCUUUGGCCUUUAUUAUGUUGACAUAGAUGAUCCUCUUUUGGAAAGACAUCCUAAGCUCUCUGCACAUUGGUUCUCUCAAUUUUUGAAGGGAUCAACCGUUGUUGAAGAUGGAAUUAUUCAGCUCCCCACAACACAAAAUUUCUCGCCACUUGAUCCUCUAAAUACUCCUUAAAGAACAUAAUUAAUGUAUUUUAAAUGGCUACUUAUGUAUGUGUUAAUUUUAAUUUGAUGUUAGUACUAUAAUUUAAGGAUUGAGAUUAUAAAUUUUCGUUUUAUAA